AUGUCCGAACCUAUUCUGAUUAUCGGCGCAGGAGUCAGUGGCCUCGUGCUGGCUCAGUAUCUCCAAACUCAUGGUAUUGCUUUCAAGAUAUUUGAUCGGGACUCCGCUGUUGAUGCGCGAAGUGGUGGAUGGGGCCUGACUCUGCAUUGGUCACUUCCUGCCCUCCGUGAGCUACUGCCCCAACACCUCGUCGAUCGCUUCCCCGAAACUUUUGUCAACAAAGAUGCCUCAUCGCGGGGUGACACUGGCCGCUUUCAGUUCUUUGACCUCAAAUCGGGUGCCGCGUUGUACGAUAUCCCCGCGGCUGAGCGCAUUCGAGUGAGUCGCGUGCGACUUCGAGAUCUGUUGACCACCGGAAUCGACGUCCAGUGGAGCAAAAGCCUGCGAGAUAUAGAGUCGUCCGCCGAAACAACCACCGCACACUUUGAGGAUGGGACAUCUUGCACUGGUCGGCUACUGGUCGCAUGUGACGGCUCGAGAUCGCGGACUCGAAGUAUCCUCUACCCAGAUGUACAAAUGAAUCAGCUACCAGUGCAACUACUCGGUGCUUCAACGUUGUACACUGCGGAGGAGAUGGGCGGUGCCGAGUCGAUCGACCCAUUCAUUUUCCAGGGAUCUCAUCCUGAGUCGAAUGUGUUCUUGUUUUUCAGCUUCCUAGACACUCCUAACAAUUUCGAGAACAGUAGCAAAGAUCGAUAUCACUGUCAGAUUAUCGUCUCUUGGGCAGAUUCCAAAGGGAUCCCAGUUCCCGAUUCCAACAGCGAGCGCAUCGCAUUGAUGAAGACUUUGACAAACAGCUGGUCAGAGCCAUUCAAAUCUCUUGUCCAGAAACUCCCCGAUGGCGUGGAGGUCCGCUCCAUUCGCAUAGAAGACUGGAUGUUCCAGCUGGGAAGGGUACAUGCUCACCCCCGAGUGGUACUAAUGGGCGACUCAGCGCAUACAAUGACGAUGUUCCGCGGAGAAGGCGCCAACAAUGCCAUUGUCGAUGUACUGGACUUCGUGAAGCGAUUGAAUCUGCGAGAAGAUGGAUUCGUGAAAACCAGUGCCUUGGACUCCGUCGCAUUGUCAUCCUCUAUCGCCGCCUACGAGAACGACGUCUUUACACGUGCCGAGCCAAGCUUUUUGAACUCUCGCCAGGCAUGUCUGGACGCCCACGAUUUCUCAAAAAUUGAAGGAAGCCCCUUGGUUGGAUUGCGCAGUUUGAAAUAA